AUGCAGCACGGCACCGACGUGGUCAUCGGAGACUUUGACGACGAGCAGGAGGCGGCGCGCGCGUACGACGCGAGGGCGCGGCAGAUCCACGGCGACAACGCCAUCCUCAACUUUCCGGGGGACGGGCCCGAGCAGCAGCAGAGGCGCAUGCCGGAGUCGGUUGGGCGGGCGAUCGGGGAGCUCAGGGCGGCCGUGGGUCGCUGUGGCCCACGCUUGGCCGAGGCGAUCGGGCAGGCGAUAGAGCUGCUGCAGGAGGCGGCGGCAGCCGAUCGGGGCGCCCCCGCGCUUGCCGGAGGUGGGGGCUCGCUUUGCGGCGCGGGCGCGCCAGCCCGCGCCGAGCAGAGCGCGCAAGGCCUCGCGGCAGCAGAGAGCAGCGGGAUCUUUUGGCCACGCGCAAUGGAGAUUCCAUGCGCUGGCAGCCUCGCCCAGAUCGAUGCUGGCCGAGCGGGUGGCUUCGACGGGGGCGGCGAGCCGGCCAGCGAGUCCGUCCCGGAGCGGGGCUUUGCGCGCGUCCGCCGCCCCGUCGUGCCGCAUUGGGACGCGCGCGCGCAGCUGGAGGCGGCUCCAUAUCUUCCGCCGGUCGCCGCCGCGCAGCCGCAGCAGCAGUGGCAGCAGCAGCUGGCAGCCGCCACCAGCGGCUUCGGCAUCCAUGGCGCCUACGGAGCGGCUGCGGCCCUCAGGGUGCGCAACGAAGUCCUCUCUGGAGCCGCGCCGGCGGAGGAGGACUCGGACGAGGAGGAGCGGCGACCCCUCGCCGCGCGCGCACCGAAGCGCGCGCGAGGCGACCCGCAGCAGGCUGGCGAGGGAGGGAGGGGCGAGGGAGGCGCGGGCGGCGCAGAGGGAGGCGCGGGCGGCGCAGAGGGAGGCGCCGGCUCCGACUCAGAGGAGGGCCGGCCGCUUGCCACCAGGCGGCGGGGGGCGGCGGCGGGGAAGCCGCCACCGAAGAUGGCGAACGCUUCACCGGAGAGCGGCGGCGAGGAGGUGGAGGCAGCCGGGGCGGCUGAGGCAGCCGGGGCGGAGGCUGCCGGCGCGGCGGAGAAGACGGCCGAGAGUGGGGCAGAGAUGGUUGGGGCGGAGGAGGGCGAGGAGGAGGGCGAGGCGGAGAGCGAGGUGGCGAGCCGGCAGGAGGUUGCACCACCAGAGGCAGUGGCCUACGCGCAGGCGCUCGCGCAGGCGGAGGAGGGGGCUGAGGCGGAGGAGGAGGAGGAGGAGGAGCCGGCGGCGGUGGAGGGUCCGAUGUCGGAUCACGUGCGGCGGCGGCGGCUGCGCUCGUCCUCCUUCUGCAUCACUUGGCGCGGCCUUCUCGACGUGGAGCCGUGGCUGUCGCAGCUCCGCAAGGCGACGGCCGUGCCGCUCGUCUCGUACUCGAUCGUGCACCUCGGCCGCGGCGCGCCACCGCCCUCGUGGGGCGUCGCGCCCGGCGACGCGCCGCCGCAGGCGCUGCGCUCGAAGGGCACCUACGCCGCGGUCAAGUUUGAGCGCGCCGUCGACGUGGCCAUGCCGCGCUUUGUGGGGCAGGAGGCGGGCGGAGGCGGCGCCCUGACCCCUUGCGCCGUGGAGACGCACCCGCUGCCCGAAGAGACGCUGAGGGGCCUGUUCGCGGACUGCUGCGCCGACCACGUCAUCGAUCGGUGGCAGUCGCUGCGCCCGCCGCGCGCGCCGCCGCCCUCGCGGGGGGCCGAUCGGACCCCGAUGGACGUGAACGCCGAGCAGUACGGCAAGUUCAUGGCGCCCGCGGCGCCGCUGCGCACGCCCUUGCGGCCGGAGGAGGUGGAGGAGGCGCUGGCGCAGCACGCGGCGGCCAUCCAGGAGGCGCUGGGCGUGCGGUGCAUCGACCCGCGCGCGUCGCCCGAGCUCUACACGUGGGCGCCAGAUUUGGAAGGCGCCCUCGCCGGCGAGGAGGCGGCGGCGCGGGUCGCCGAGCGCCGCGUCGUGGAGUGGGAGUGCCGGGCGGGGCACCGGUUCGGCGCGAGCGUGCAGUGCCUGAUGGCUCAGGUGCAGCGACGGCAGUCGCAGGCCUCGCGCGCGUCGGCGCGCUGGACCAACUCGGACGCGGCGUGCCCGGCGGCCGACCUCGGCCAAAAGGUGCUCCUCGAGGCGGGCGUCGCGUGCGAGUCGGCCGAGUUCGUGCCGCGGAGCGGGCAGUGCGAGCACCACGCGCUCUGCAUCCGGGGCAAGGGCCACCACGUGGCCCAGCCCUUCGCGUACGGAAGCGGCCAUCCCGCCUGGCUAUACCCCACCGGGACGACCUCGGGCAGGCAGGGCUGCGUGCUGCUCCGGGGGCCGCGCGGCGGGGGCCAGGCCCGCGUGCCGAUGGCCUCGCUGCCGAUCGCGGGUGGCGGCGGUGUCUUUAAGCUCACCUUUUGCUGCCGGCUGGGUCACCGGUGGCAGACCAGCGAGCGGCUCUUCAACCACACCGAAGGCGGACGCAACCGCGUGAGGAUCGGCAAGUCGGAGCUGCUGAACGCCGGCGCCUACAACGCCAAGCUGGUGGGGCCGCACUCCUGCUGCGAGUGCAAGCUCAAGGGGCAGCGCGACCUGCUGCAGAGGGCGGCGAGCAGCUACUACGGCAGCCGGGACCCGGGGCCCAGCCCGACGGACGCGGCGGCCGAGUGCGAGCGGCUGCUCGCGCUUGACCGCGACGCCAGCGCGUGGGCGGUGCUGGGCCUCACGGGGCACGACCGCGGAGCGGCGCGGCAGCGCUACUACGUCCUCGCCCGGCUGCUGCACCCGGACAAGUGCAGCCAGCGAGGAGCCGCGGACGCGUUUAAGCGCGUCGCCGACGCGUUCCGACGGAUCGACGGCUCCUCGAGCUUUUGA